CACAGUUCAAAUGUUCAAGUCGCGUGAUAUCUUGACUGUGUGACUAGUCUCUUCAGACAACGCUUUAGCUAACGUUAGUCAGUCGGUAACAGAAAAUGGAAAACGUUCUCUUACUGAAAGAGUCAAUUUUGUCUUUUCUAGACAGAAGUGGAGCUCUUCUUCAACUUGCCGAAGACUGCAAACCAUUCAACGACAUCCAGCGAAAUGAAGCUGUGUAUCGGUUCUGUAUCCGUGUGAACCCUUCAGACCUAAUCGAACUGGAUCCUAGAUUGGGUGAUUGUGUUCUCAAUGACCCCCUCAAAGCUACAGCACUGUUUCAAUCUGUUUGUUUUCUGUCAAUAAAGACACUCUCCCUCAUAGAGAAAAUCCACACAGAAAGUCAGGUGAAUGUGAUCCUGAAGUUUACACACCUACCUCCGUUCCCUGAGUACACCUUGGACCUCUGUGAGUUUCCCUGUGGUUAUGGCCCCAUGAGGCCUGUUGCCAUGGAGGGCUUGGCCAUCGCGAUGACUAGGGUCUCCAAGUACACUCAGGGAGCCAGGUUUCUCUGUUCUGAGGAGGACUGUCCCUGCUCAACAGGGUUCCAUCACAUCAGAGUGCACGCACCCGGAGCCACUGAGUCAGCCACAGUGAGGAGUGACUUCAGCUGCCUGCUCUGCUCCUCUCACCUCAAAGAGGACAUCAAGUUCCGGGUCCUGGGGGACAAGCAGCUUGUAGAGCUGAUCCAUGUUAAAGCACUGGAUGUCCUGAAAGUCCAUCCUCCCAGUGCCCUCAGGUACCAGUCUGUCACCCUGUUUCUCAGAGAUGAGCUGUGUAACUCCAUGAGGAUUGGACGUCUGUACAGGGUGCUGGGCAUACCGGCCCAUGUCCACCAGUGGCCCAACGUCACCUGGAGUGUGGAGGCCAAUAGCGUUCAACCGUGGGAGCCUGAAUACACGGGCACCAUCAGCUCUAACUUCCAGGCCCUGUUGACGGCAACAGCCUGUUCCCCCUGGAGGUUCUCUGCCAUUGUGGCUAACACGUUUGGAUCCCCUGUGGUUCCCCCGGGCUUGUACAGCACUCUGAAGCUGGGCCUGCUGCUCAGCCUGGUCCAGGGCCGGGAGGACAACCCAGACUCACUGCACUGCCUGGACCUGCUAGCCCUGACGACUGACACACUCAUACUGGAAAGGCUGAUGACGUACAGCCUGGGUCUGGCUGGCCGUGGGGUGAGACACCCUGCGACAGGGGAGAUGUUUGCCUCUCUUUCUCGUGAUGAACACGGAGCAGGCACGGCUAACAUCCACGCUGGCUCCGCCCUGCUGGCCACUGGGGGCGUCUGCAUGCUCGGGGACCUGGGCCACCACAGGAAAGAUAAGAUGGACGCCCUUCAGUCAGCUCUGGAGAGUCGGACAGUGUCUGUGAUCAUCCCAGGGAAGAAGUAUGGAGAGGAUGCUGACCAGCAGAUCUCCUUCCCUGUCCAGUGCAGCUUCUGGGCCUUGGCAGACUCCACAGCUCCCUCAAACAAGACCACCAGGACUGACAGUACAGUGCUGGGAACAGUGGACAUGGGCUCGGUCCCUGCCCAGUUGGCUGAGGCCUUUGGUCUGGUGAUCCUGUGUCGGGAGGCAGGGGGAAAGCAAGCCCUGCUAGCCCAGACGGUGCACACCCUCAGACAGGCAGUGCAGCCCGGAGAGCCCCUCUACCCAUCCUGCAUGCAGUUCACCACACAGGACUAUAAGGAGCUUCUGGCCCACACCCAGAGGAUCCAGACAGAGCUGAGCCCCGGGGCAGAGAUGAUGAUACAUGGCUAUUACAUGGCCAGCAGAAGGGUCCGCUCAGACUCGGGCCAUGGUGCAAAGGUGUCUGUGGCCUCCAUCAAGCUACUGAUCUCCCUGGCUGAGGCCCACAGUAAGCUGUGUCUGAGAAGCACAGUGCUGGAGGAGGAUGCAGUGAUCGCUGUGUUGCUGUGUGAAAACUCCAUCACUCUCAGACAUGGAGCCUCAGCGCUUGUUAUCCCACCCGACGCAGCAUUUCCCUGUGACCUGUGUGACCUGGAAGCUCUCCACAGGAGAGACCUUAUCCUGGAGCAGCUCCAACAAAGCAUCCUGCACUUUGUCUACGCCUACGCACCCGGGGCCACCAGCUACAUCACUGAGGAGGAAUAGGACCACAGCUAAGUUAAAGGAUUUUUCUAUAUUGAAUUGCAAUGGUGAAAUGAGCUACUCAGAAGAAGAAACGUUCCAUAAGCACAAAGCGCUUCAAAUUGAGCGUUUCUCCUCUGCCAAGAUAAUCCAUCCACCUGACAGGUGCGUCAUACCAAGUAGCUGAUUAAACAGCAUGAUUGCUGUAGCCACAUAUCAGGUUGAGGGAGAGUGGAAUUGGCAUGCUGACUGCAGGAAUGUCCACCAGAGUAUUGAAUGAGAAUUUGGCAGUACAUCCAACCGGCCUCACCGGUGAUAAAACUAAUUCUGACUGGGUGGGCCUAUUCCCUCCCAGGCCAACCCAUGGCUACGCACCUGCAGUCAAUUGAAAUCCAUUGAUUAGGGUCUAAUACAUGAACUGUAACAUUCAUAUUUUUCAGUGUAAUUCAAUGUAGGCAGAAAAAAGAUUGCGAUUAAUGUACCAUAAAAUAUUUUAUUUCAUAACGGGGCAGAAUAAAAUCUGAUUAAAACAAACAUUUAACCUUAAGCAGGGGAGUCAGACCAAGGUUGUGCUUUUUUUGACAGGCAAGAAUGGUGAAAAUAGGGUGAUAGUUUAGGUCUCCAGGGUCAUAUUUGUGAAGGAGUUCAUGCACUGCUUUCCAAACCUUGUGAAUUGUCAACGAAUAGAAGAAAUCAGUUAAAUAAAUGACCAUUGUCUAAUAAGAUUAGCCAUCAACCUACAACUUUCUACCAUCGUGGGUUUAGUUACAAUGCUGGUAAUUCAAAUGAAUGGCUUUUCAGCAGGGUAAAUUAGCAGAAAUGUCAGAAAGGGCAUCAAUUCCAUUUAAAAUGAAUGGACACCUCUCAACCCAGGAAAUAACUCCCCUACUGCAGGCCUAACAAUCCUGCAUGAUGAAAUAAGAGUCUCAAACCGUAGUCAGGGAUUGCAGGUUUAAUGAUUGCAGGUAGCCCCUGCCACGAGGUGCACCGCAGAUAUUGAGCUAAGCAAGAUGCUCACGCUUCAACACUCUUAGUUGUGGAAAUUGACCCCUUUACUCACUGCAUCUAUACCAUAUCGCUGCGUCUACCUAUAAUGAUCAAUGCUAAUAUUGGCAGUUCAGUUAGUCACAGCAUCCCAAUUUAGUCAGAUCAGUAAAUAGCAAAAGUGAGAAGUCAUCACAACUCCAGUAGAAGACUGAAGGAAACCAGUUGGCUAUUUAGCCCUCACACUCACCAUAGGGUUGAGAUUUAAGUCUUCAUAUUCCACAUACUGGAUCAUCAAACCCAAUCUAGGAGAGAACAGUCUAUUAGCAUGACUAUCAUUUGAUUGUAGUUAGGCAAAAUAUACAAGCAAUUAUACUGUAGUUCAGGAAGUCUCUCUCAGCAUCCCAAUUUAGUCUGAUGGGUAAACGGCAAAAUGUAGAACUCAUCACAACUCCAGUUUCGUGCACAUUUGCCGAUCAAAGACAUGUUGGGCCCUCAGAUUAAAAAUAAUAUUUUACUCACCACAGGGCAAGAUCUUCAAUAUACAUCCUGGCCCAUUAACUC